AUGGUUCAAGAAACCUCGGCUGUUUUUGUGACUCUUUUGUACCCAAACAUUGUUAAAGACGACUUUGGAAACACUGGAACAUGGACUUUAAUAUAUAAUCAGGGUUUUGAAGUAACUCUCUCUCAUAGAAAGUGGCUGGUAAUGUUUGAUUAUGAUAGCGUUACAUCUGAAUCAUUUUGUGGCAAAGGAAUACCGGGUUGGACGCAUGACACUUUGAUUCGUCAGUGGUCCUGCUUCUCUGCUCAGAAAAUAGGAUACACACCUUCGCUAAAUAUCGUACCAAUAGCUGUUGAUAAUCAGCAUCUUGGAAAUAGAUUAUAUCAGACAAAUACUGAUUUUAUUUCUCAGAUAAAUUCAGUUCAGUCUUCCUGGACAGCUAGACGUUAUGUGGAGCAUGAAAAAUUUUCAUUGUUGGAUAUGUACCGCAGAUCUGGUGGUAAGAAGUCCGUUCUUACAAAUCGCCCAAGCGCAGCUCCUACGACCAAAGCACUUCAAGAUUUAGUAAAUCAGCUUCCAAAAAAUUUUGAUUGGCGUAGACCACCAGAGGGUCAAAGUGUGGUUACUGAC